CAUAAAUACCAAACUAGUGCGUGGGAAUAGCAAAAAAAGGACUUUACGACACAAUUCUGGACAGACAUCAGGGGAAACAUGUACAGUUGCCCCCACAUCGCUGGGUACUUGUUGGGUACUUGUUUUAUGGCUUCUACCUCCCCUCGUUCCACAACUAUUACUGAGCAAAUCUUUGGCUACACUAUGCCAGAUCGAGUCGCCCGGGUUCAAGCUCAAGGACCCGUACAUUCUAGCGAAGUGUGGACCUUCAACGCUCUUCAAAUACUGGCUUUCGUUUUAAAUAUCUUGGUCUUCAGCACUGCCAUUGUAUCGAGUCGUGUUACACGAGCUCCGAUAUGGUUCAUCUUCAUGGGUAGUUGGAUCUUAUGGCCUAUUGCGCACGGCCUUCUCUUCUUAACCGGGCACCAAUUCGACCACAAACCACCGCCGCAAAUAUUAUGCCUUAUUCAAGCAGGCUUAGUCUAUGCAUUUCCACCAUACAUGGGAGUCUUGAAUCUUGGCCUUCUUGCCCAUGUCUAUAUUGUUGUCCGUGCUAGCAUCAAUCGCUGUCGGCCACCAAUUCAGCUUCCCUGGACUUUUGUCUUUCUACCGACCGGCAUUUUCCUCGCGAUGUUUUUUGUAGUCGUACUGAUCGGUCUCAAAAACCCUGAAAUGGUUGUAAGAACACGGCCGCCCAUGUAUUGCCACAUGGUCGAUCACACAUCUUUCACAGUCAGUGCUGCACUAUCCACAUUGGCCAUAUUCUCAUUCAUAGGGAUAGAAGUUGUCUUAGGAAUCAUGCUCUACAGAAAUUGGGAAACAUAUCAAUAUACUUGUCCCGUUUGGGGUACGUCGGUACUCAAGAUGUUUGCCUUUAGCGUCGUACCAGUUCUCGUCCUGGUAUUAAGCAUCGUCUCUGCGAUGAAUCUCGAUGGCUACGAUUUCCUGGCCUUAGUCGCUGUUCACUCCAUGCCCCUGAUUGCAGCGAUUGUUUUCGGUGUAAACAAGGACAUUAUGCGAGCUUGGUUUUGUUUUGUAGGUCGCCGGAUAGAACCUAAAAACCAGGAUACAUCCUAUAUGUUGGCACCCAUGGAAAACCCGAGUCCGUAUGUAGCAGGUUCGAAUGGUCAAACUGAGGCUCUUCUUGAACGUGAUCUGCAUCAUGAUCGUGCUUGAAUUGUGUUGUUGGCAGAAUCGGAGUAGAAUUUAUCCAGCCACACUUGCGGCGGUUCGUAAUUGGGACAGUUGGUUGUAAGCAGGACAUUGUAAACCUAUACUACUGCAUCGAUGUUUAAUAUAUACUUGAGACACGCAGACAAUGUUUUUUUGCCGCA